UUCAUCUUGUUCAGUAGGGCUGGCAUAUUAGUUAUAAAUCAAAUUCAUCUUGUUUACAAGGGUUACCAUAUUAGUUAUAAAUUAAGGUUUAUUCUUAUGUGUAUGUACGAGGAAAACCAAAUCGUUGUUGGCUUUCUUCUUGUUAGCAACAUGUUGAUAAAAUGAUAAAAGCAACAACUAGUGGUUAUUUCUACAAAACAUAAGUAAUAUGGUGCAUGCAUGCUGAUUACUGAUUAAGGAAAUUUUGAAGCAGAAAGUAUGUGGAAGCUGAAAAUAGCAGAAGGUGGUGAUGAUGAGUGGCUGACCACCACCAACAACCAUGUUGGCCGCCAACACUGGGAGUUUGAUCCGGAUGCAGGAACCGAAGAGGAACGUACUGAGAUCGAGAAGAUGCGUCUUCACUUCAAACUUAAUCGUUUUCAAUUCAAACAAAGUGCCGACUUGUUAAUGCGUACUCAACUAAGAAAGGAGAAUGCAAUAGAUGAAAAUAAAAUACCGAAAGCAAUAAAAUUGAAUGAAACAGAAGAAGUAUCAAAUGACGCUGUUACAACUACACUCCGAAGAGCCAUUAGCUUCUACUCUACUAUUCAAGCCCAUGAUGGCCAUUGGCCUGCUGAGUCUGCUGGGCCUUUGUUCUUCCUUCCUCCACUGGUGAUAGCACUGUAUGUGACUGGAGCCAUGAAUGAUAUUCUAACACCUGCACAUCAGCUAGAAAUCAAACGCUACAUAUACAAUCAUCAGAAUGAAGAUGGAGGCUGGGGAUUACAUAUAGAGGGACACAGCACAAUGUUUGGAUCAGUACUUAGUUACAUUACAUUGAGAAUGCUUGGAGAAGAAGGCAACAGUGUUGCAGAGGACAUGGCAGUGGUUAAAGGCCGUAAAUGGAUCCUUGACCAUGGUGGUGCAGUUGGGAUUCCUUCGUGGGGAAAGUUUUGGCUCACGAUACUUGGAGUAUAUGAGUGGGGAGGCUGUAAUCCCAUGCCACCCGAAUUUUGGCUGCUCCCUAAGUUUUUCCCGGUUCAUCCAGGCAAAAUGUUGUGUUACUGUCGCUUAGUGUACAUGCCCAUGUCGUACUUAUAUGGCAAAAGAUUUGUGGGAAGAAUAACAAAGUUGGUUCACUCACUAAGGCAAGAGCUUUAUACGAACCCUUAUGAUGAAAUUAAUUGGAAUAAAGCACGAAAUACUUGUGCAAAGGAAGAUCUGUAUUAUCCACACCCUUUUGUUCAAGAUAUGGUAUGGGCCACACUUCAUAAUGUUGUUGAACCUAUCUUAACUCGUCGGCCAUUUUCCACACUACGAGAAAAGGCACAAAAAGUUGCAAUGGAGCAUGUUCACUAUGAAGAUAAGAGUAGUAGAUAUCUUUGCAUUGGAUGUGUGGAAAAGGUAUUAUGCUUGAUUGCAACAUGGGUGGAAGAUCCAAAUAGUGAUGCAUAUAAGCGUCAUCUUGCAAGAAUUCCUGAUUACUUUUGGGUUGCUGAGGAUGGGAUGAAGAUGCAGAGUUUUGGAUGUCAAAUGUGGGAUGCAGCCUUUGCUAUUCAAGCCAUUUUUUCAAGUAAUCUAGUAGAGGAGUACGGCCAGACUCUUAAAAAAGCACACGAGUUUGUAAAAGCAUCACAGGUUCGUGAUAACCCCCCUGGAGAUUUUAGUAAAAUGUAUAGACACACUUCUAAAGGUGCAUGGACGUUUUCCAUACAAGACCAUGGUUGGCAAGUUUCUGAUUGUACAGCGGAAGGCUUAAAGGUUGCACUUUUGUACUCCCAAAUGAGCCCAGAACUUGUAGGCGAAAAACUUGAAACCGAGCGUCUCUACGAUGCUGUCAAUGUUAUUCUUUCAUUACAGAGUGAAAAUGGUGGAUUUCCAGCUUGGGAACCACAAAGGGCAUAUGCUUGGUUGGAGAAAUUCAAUCCGACUGAAUUUUUUGAAGAUGUGUUGAUCGAACGAGAGUAUGUGGAAUGCACUUCAUCUGCAGUCCAAGGUUUGACACUCUUCAAGAAGUUGCACCCUGGACAUAGAACCAAGGAGAUCGAAUAUUGUAUUUCAAAAGCAGUGAAGUACGUCGAAGACAUACAAGAAAGUGAUGGCUCAUGGUAUGGUUGUUGGGGAAUUUGCUACACCUAUGGGACAUGGUUUGCAGUAGAUGCACUAGUAGCUUGUGGGAAGAACUAUCAUAACAGUCCCACCCUUCAAAAAGCUUGCAAAUUUCUCUUAUCCAAACAACUUCCAGAUGGUGGAUGGGGAGAGAGUUAUCUUUCAAGCUCAAACAAGGUGUAUACGAAUUUAGAGGGAAACCGGUCGAAUUUAGUACAUACAUCUUGGGCUUUGAUAUCACUUAUUAAAGCUGGACAGGCUGAAAUUGAUCCUACACCAAUAACUAAUGGAAUACGACUUCUCAUCAAUUCACAAAUGGAAGAAGGAGACUUUCCUCAACAGGAAAUCACAGGAGUAUUCAUGAAGAACUGUAACCUCAAUUAUUCAUCAUAUAGAAAUAUUUUCCCAAUAUGGGCACUUGGUGAGUAUGGGCGUAUUGUUCAAAAUGUAUGAAAACUUUUCAUGUAAUAUAAGGAAUAAUAAACUAUAACACGAGAUCUAUACAGUGGGAUCAAUAUACUAAUCUAUAUGUUAAAUUGUUAAUUA